AUGUCAUCAAUGGAGGUAGAUCAAGAGGGUAGUUCAGCCCAACUAGGAUUCCGUCAGAUGGCUUUCCCUCCUGAUGUUUUGGCCAGAAUAGCGCCUGAUGUAUCACUUCAAAGACAUCUUGCCAUAGGUCUUAGACCAUCUCUUCGUGGAUUUAAUGAAUUUAAACCAGUAGAAAUCUCCGAAGGUGGUCUUAACGCCAGUGGACAGAAUACCGUGGCUGGACUGGCCAUUGUGAAAAGUGGAGAUACACGUGUAGUAUGUGGUAUUACCCUUGGUGUUGUGGAGGAAAAUACCGUUGAUCAACUCUUGGAGAAUGAGGCAACAAACCAAGAAACAGAUGGAAGCCUCUCCAAUUACACUUCUGUAUACCCAGUAGUUGAGAUUGCACGUGGACGUUCUGGAGCACCUACAGAUGAGGAAAUGAUCCUUUCACAAAAACUUUACGAAACUAUACUACACAAUCGUUUGGUCCACCAAGACGACCUUAAGAUCAUCGUUGGUACCCUGGUGGACGGAGAAGUGAUCUAUCCAGACAGCAGCUCCCCACUUCUUGACUCAGAUCUUGGUGAAUUAAUCUCAAAGCCAAAGAAAAACUGGUCGUACGUUUUAUAUGCCCACAUUAAAGUAUUCUCUCGUGCAGGCCCACUCUUUGACUUGUGCUACUCCGCCCUUGUGAACGCUUUACAAAACACACGUUUACCAAGAGCCUUUGUUGAUGACAAGGCUACUGACAUCAAGAUACCUGUACGUAGUCGUGGAAAUUUCGGUCACUUGAAGGAAUCAUACAACUUACUUCUUGACCAAACCAUUCUGGCCUCGUUGCCAGUCCAUGGACGUUUACUGUCUUCCAGUUUCGGUGUAGUAAGCUACGAAGCUGAAGAUUCAAACGAGCCGGUCUCCAUCUUACUUGCAGAUCUCGAAGGUGAGGCAGAGGAAUCUUGCGCAGAAUCCAAAAUAAACGUAAUUGCAUCAAAUGACGGUGAGCUUAGACAUGUCAGCAUUGUUGGUGGAGGUGCACUCAUUACCAAGCAAGUUUUGAAAGAUGCUCUUGAUAUUUCACGCAUGAGGGGAAGUAAUUAG